AUGCACUGUAAUGCUCCCGACUGUUACUUUGCAGCCAUGGCUGUACCUGCCCCAAACAUGAUGUCAGAUCUGCUGGAGGGAGUCAACAUCACCAGCCCAGUGCUGUUAAUUCACGGUACAGUCGGCAAGUCUGCCUUGCUCUCCGUGAGAUACACCAGCACCAGCAGUGACAAACCUGUGAUCAAAUGGCAAGUGAAGCGUGACAAGGCAGUGACGGUAGUUCAGUCCAUCGGCACUGGGAUCAUUGGUAACUUGCGCCCAGAGUACAGGGAUCGGAUUAAAAUCUUUGAGAACGGCUCCCUGCUGAUCAAUGAGUUGCAGUUGUCUGAUGAGGGAAUGUAUGAAGUGGAGAUCUCCAUUACAGAUGACACUUUUACAGGGGAGAUGAACAUUAACCUGACAGUGGAUGUUCCCAUUUCGAAACCUCACAUUGCCCUGGCCUCUUCCACCGUGCUGGAGCUCAGUGAAUAUUUCACUCUAAACUGCUCCCAUGAAAACGGCACAAAGCCCACCUACACGUGGCUGAAGGACAGCAAACCCCUCAGCAAUGACUCCCGGCUGAUCCUGUCCCACGACCAGAAGGUGCUGACCAUCACCAGAGUCCUGAUGUCUGAUGACGACACCUACAGUUGCCUGGUGGAGAACCCCAUCAGCAACGGACGCAGCGUCCCCAUAAAACUUACCGUGUACAGAAGGAGCUCCCUCUAUAUAAUCCUCUCUACUGGGGGCAUUUUCCUUUUGGUUACCUUAGUGACUGUCUGUGCCUGUUGGAAACCAUCCAAAAAGAACAAACAGAAAAUGGAGAAGCAAAGUUCCUCCGAAUAUGUGGGUCAGAAUGAAGAGCAUUUAAAGCAGGAUGUGGAGAUUGUUCCUAGGAGUGGAGAGAAUGAACGGAAGAAUCCUGUUGCUUUGUACAUCCUGAAAGACAAAGACUCUCCAGAAGCUGAAGAGGAAUCUGUUCCCGAGUCCCGGAAUGCUGCCGAACCAUCGCUACCCAACUACUCUAGCUCUCCGCCUCCUCCUGGAAGAUCACCUGGACUGCCUGUGCGGUCUGCUCGUCGAUACCAUCGCUCCCCAGUCAGGUCUCUGGCCACCUCCAGAACACACAUAUCUCCUACUAGGUCCCCCAGCUCGCUGGGGCGCACCUCAAACACCACACUCUUGGUGCGGACUGCUGGAGUUCAUAUCAUUCGAGAUCAGCAGGGGGAGGCCAGCACUGCAGAAAUCAAUGCCUGAAUGCAGCCGGCAGUGUGUGUCUGUCUAUGUGUAUGUAGUGAGGAAGCCGCACUGUGCCUGCAAAUGU